CAUGUUCUGUUCCAUUACUUUGUUCUUCAAUUACAUCCUUCUCUUUCUUUCUGGUUUCGAACUUCAUAAUGGCCCCUAUGAGUCUCCCUCCUGGAUUCAGGUUCCAUCCCACAGAUGAAGAACUUGUUGCUUAUUAUCUUGAUCGGAAAAUCUCGGGUUGUCCCAUUGAGCUUGAUGUCAUCCCGGAGGUGGAUUUGUACAAAUGCGAGCCCUGGGAUUUACCAGAAAAGUCAUUUUUGCCAAGCAAGGAUAUGGAGUGGUACUUUUACAGUCCGAGGGACAAGAAGUACCCUAACGGAUCAAGGACUAACCGCGCAACGCAAGCCGGUUACUGGAAAGCCACCGGGAAAGACAGAUCUGUGCACACUCAGAAGAAGGCAGUUGGGAUGAAGAAGACAUUGGUUUAUUACAGAGGGAGGGCUCCCCAUGGCAUCAGAACCAACUGGGUCAUGCAUGAGUAUCGCCUCCUCGACUCAGUCUGCGGCACACCAUCAUCAACUCUAAAGGAUACUUACGCAUUAUGUCGUAUCUUCAAGAAAACAAUGCAAAUUCCCAAGGCAAAAGAAGAAAAAAUACAGAAGAAUAUUGUUAGGGAUCAUCAGAUAAGGGAGGACACAACAGGAACUGAGGUUUCUAGAAAGAUGAAAGCAGAAGAUGAGAUUAAUUUCAACAAUGAGUGCUCUAAAGUCCCUUCGGACACUUCCUCUUCGGAUAUCACAACUGGUGUGGCAGAUGAUAUCCAGCCUGAUCCAUUCACAUCUGACGAAGCAAAUAGCUCAGCUAACAUCAUGUAUUCCCUUGGAGUGGACAUGGAUUUCUCAUCAAAUCUAAUUCAGGAUAGCUAUGCAAGUAUGGUUGAUCGGUAUCAAUGUCAAUAUCCACCAUUAGAACUUGAGGACUUCCCACACAUUAAUAUACUGGAGACCACGGUGUCAAAAGCAGAAAGUAUUGAUGAUUACAUGAUCUACGAGAAGUAUAGAUCAUCAGAUUGCAUCAACGGAACGUCAAUAGAAGAGAUUUUCUCUCUGUGUUCUUCCUCUCAGGACAACUGCUUGCCAUCGCCACACUACUAAGUACCAACUACUACAGAGAUGACUUACCUACAUUAUACUUUCUUUUUUUUUUUAAGUUUUAUUUUGAUUCUACUUUCCUUUUUUCCUUUUGGGGUAGGGAGAGGAGUGUUUAGGCAAAAUGAGAAUUAUUUUGCCAAUGACAAAAUGAUAAGGGUGUUUGGAUUCAUGGAAUUAUGGACAAGCCAAGGGGCAAGCCAUAAUUCUUGACCUUGUGUUUUCCUUUCGUUUCAUUUUUUAUGGUGUUGGAAGGGAAUUUUUUUCCCUUUUCUUUGCCAUUUGGGAUAUUGUAGUCCUCGUACCCGGGUCAAUUUUUGAAA